AACGUUACUUCACAUAAUCAAACCAAAAAAAUUCACAAACCUUACGCUUCUUCCUUCCACCGCAUAAUUUCUAUUAUCUAUCUCCAAAUACAUUUAAUUAUGAGUAUUUUCAUGAUGUCGGUGCUCGGUACCGGAGAAAGAAAGGAGAGUAAAAUUGCGACGGUGACGGUGCCGGAAUCGGAACUGAAGAAGAGAAACGAAGCGCUUGAGAAAGAGUUGAAGGAAAGUAAAGAGAGAGAAGAACAAAUGAGAAGACAGUUACAGAGCACGUGGGAGAGGUUGCGCGUGGCGGAGGAAGCGGAGGAGAGACUUUGCUCACAGCUUGGUGAAUUGGAAGCUGAAGCUGUUUAUCAAGCGCGUGAUUAUCACGAUCGUAUUGUUUCUCUUAUGGAUCAACUUUCACGCGCGCAGAGUCUUCUUCAUAAGGCUCAUACUUCAUCUUCCAAUUCCUUGUGAUUGAUUUUGUAUCUGAAAUUACUAAUUAGCGUGUAUGUAAUAAUUAUUAUUGUUAUUAGUGUUAAUUAGAUGAUUAGAUGAAUGAAUGAAUGAAUGUAUACUACUACUACGUACGAUUUUGUUUGAUGAUUGAUGAUCCAUAUUAUCGUGGAUCUAAUCUCUGUUUUGUUGUAACAAUUGGUUAAUUUGAUGUUAAUCAGUUUGAUUGAAUAGAAUGUGGCUUUGGGUUUGGUUUUUUCAA